AUGCCCGCGCGUUCGUUUUUUAGCGCGAUUAUCGAUUUUCUCAGUUUCCCGUCCGUUUUUGCCCGAUUUGCAUCAGUUUUGCAGGCAUGUUCUCGUCAGACGAUUCGACAAUAUCGGACACGAUGGAGAAUCGUGUGAUUCGGGUAAUUUUCGAUGCAUUUUGCCUUCUUCGAUGCAAAAAUGCCAAUUUUCAGAGAACAAUCUCACCGAUUUUGGAACUUUUUCGCAAAAAUUUAGAGUUUGAGCAGUUCAAAGCGGAAAUUAUGAAGGUGAUGGAGCCGUACGGCAUCGAGAGGGCGUUUCGGGCGGCGAACCGAAGGAGAAAAGAGCACAAUAGCCGAAGUAUCCAUUGGGUGGACACGAAAGGAUUGGACCCGCAAAGGGAGGCGAAACUCGUGUGCUGGAUGGCCGAUAAAGUGGUGAAUACGCGUCGGAAUCGCGGCGAAAUCGACGAUGUUGCGGUUUUGACCACUUCGGAAGAGCAGGUAAUGAUUAAAUUGGAAUGCAAAAGAGUUUUUACGUAGCCGUGGUUCGAACCCACGACCCUCGCAGCGUGACAAGCCAAAAAGCAACCACUGCGCCACACGCGCACUCACGCGCCGAUGCGCCAAGGGCAGUGAUGUUCUCGUUGUUUUUCGCGGCUGCGGAGUUGUGAAUUGAUUGUGAAAAAUUUAAACAUUUCGCAGGUGACCGCGAUCAAGGAAGCCUUCAAAGACCAUUAUUACGCGAAGAACGAGAUGACGAGAAUGGAAGUGGUGACUGCGAAAUAUUAUGAAUUCCGUGACGUUUCCCCGAAAAGAUAUCUCAUUUUUUCGUUGGGCGUCGCCGAAAAAUCGGCGCUCACGGAGGAGAUGGUCCCGAUCGAAACGGUGCUCGAAAGGGCCGAGUACAAAGUGAUUUUCGUGGGCAAUGUCGAGCUUUUGAACUCGGAAUCGAUUGCGUGGGCCGACCGCCUUUACAGGUUUUUUUUCUGCAAAAAAAUCUUGCAUCUGUGAACAUUGUACGCUUUUCAGACUUUUGAAGCGUUCGAGACCGAUGCCGAGCAGCACAUAUCAUGAAAAACUAUUGUCCGAUCAGAAGGGACCGCCCAAAUAG